UUUCGAGUCAGCAGCCAGCCGGUGAGAUCAGAACGGGUCAGAGACUGGAGGAAGAGUGGCAGGAUUGUCAGAAAGGCCUGAGAGAUGCAGGGAUGGAGGGAAAGAUAGAGAUGCAUGGAAAAGGACCUCUCCACUUACCUGAGGUCUGUGCUGUGAUAAAUGGGACCUUUCUGAACAGACUAUUAGUUCUGCUCCCUCCCUCCCUCUUUGACUUUGUAAACCAGGUUCAUUUUUUUCUACUCUGAAUCAGAAUCAAGUUGAGAGUGACGUGAGGGAGACCUGUGUUCAAGGUCACGUGACCUUACCUCUGUAAAAACCAGUAAAUGAGUUUUAAUGCAGGUGACAGAGAAUCCCCACAACAUUGGAAAUCUAAUUUCCAUUUCCUGGGUACUACAAUAUGUCCAGAAUAUCAAUACUAAAUUUAUUUUGUGACAAGUAACAUUUUUAUUCUGUGAUGCAUUUCUUUUUUUUCUUCUUUUUUUUUGCUGUGGACUAGUCAGGAGGUCUGUAAGUGCAGAAACCACUAUUUUUGAAAAUGUUUUCAAUUACACAGAUUGUGGUGCAUGCUACUGCUGAUGGGUUGGUCCUUUAUUCUGGAGUGCGAGUGCAUCAAGACAAUCAAGGCUACAACAUGAAAUACACUUAGCUGAAAAGGAAUGAAGCUACUGAUGUUUGGACCCAUCAAAUGUGAUUAAAUAAAAUGAUCUGAAACAGGUUCACAACUGCCAUCAGUUAAAAUGCAAACAAGUUGGUUAAAGGAAAGAGUUAAUCACUGUGUUUCUUCUUUACAGACCACUACACGCACAAAAUGGUGUUAAUGUAUAUUCAGAGACAAGCUCAGAUCCAAACAUGGUGUACUUAAAGCUUGGUUUCUAUUCUCUUUUUUUGUGUCUGCUUCCCUAUUUCUUACAUUCAGAAGGUUCAUAGUUUGUUAAUUUGUGGAUGUGGAGAGCAUACGAUGUGAAGUAUUAAAUAAUGAACAUUAAUGUCUGCCAUUGUUAAUCUAUUACAAUGUAUGAUAAAAGGCUGUACUUGCAUGCUGUAUGUACAGUAUAUGCUAAUACUGUGGGUUCCACAGUGAUGUGCUGCGUGUUUUCAAGAUCAAGCUUGAUACAGUGCUUGAUACUAUCUAGUUUGUAGGUAAAUGGUGAGCACUAGAGCAAAGAGAAAAAGUUUAGUGAUAUGAAAAUGGAAAGCAUUGUUGGGUUGAAUGGCCUGUUCUCGUCGUUAUGUUCUCUAGUCAUCAGGGAUAUCAGUGCAGAAUAUGCAAUAUCAAGUUAGAUGAGUGAUAUCAGUGUAUAUCAGAUGGAUAUCAUUGCAGAUUAGAGCGACAUCGGUGAAGUAUGAAAGAGUGUUCCUACAGACAGGAAAGACAUUGGCACAGAUUAGUUAUACAAUGCAGUCCAUAAGUAUUUUUCAGGGUCAAAAAGUGUAAUGUUCUUGAUCGGCCAAGUAAAUCACCCAGCGUGAAUCCAACUGAGCCUGCAUUUCACUUUCUUGAUGCAGGACUGAAGGCAAAAUCCCCCAAAACAAACAGGGACUGAAAAUUCCCCAGCAGAACAUCACCAGGGAAGAUACCCAGCAUCUGGUGAUGUCUAUUGGGAACAGACUUCAGGCAGUCAUUGAGUGCAAAGGAUUUGCUACCAAGCACUAAAUACAAUGACUUUACGAGUGAUUAUGUUAAUUUGUCCAAUUGCUUUUGUCCCCUAAAAAGGCAGACUAUGUAUAAAAAGGGCUGUAAUUCCUACAUGCAUCAGGUACUUGCGAAAUUCGUACAGAAUGUACUGUAUCCGGUCAGAUCAAAAGUUUAUCAGUGUGCUUCUAAGGAAUGUCAGUGCAUAUUUCAAGAUCUACCUGACAUAUAAGAUUUAUGUCCUUCCUACUUAUAGAAAACAAACCUAGUGUUUUAAUUCCGUGCAAUUAGUAAAACUGCAUGGUGUAACACGUUGUAUCCCUUGUCAUGCUUCACAUCUAUUACUUUCAAUGUUGUCAUUCUGCAAUUUACAUUCAAUUCAAUUCUCAGUUCUAGUUUCUCAUUUAGGUCACAUCAUGCCGUCAGUACAUGUGACUCUCUUCUUUUUUUUCUUCAAACGAUUGUAUUUUUGGAAUUGUGUAUUUUGGUGGUUUGUUUUGUACUUAUGCUGUCUCAUGAUUUCAGUACACGAUACAAUACUGUAUGGCUUUAAUUAAGCAACACAGAGCUCCACCGUGAGAGAUCCAAAAAUAACCCUCUUAAUUUCUGUGUUGGUGGAAGUCUGUACCGAUAAAUUCUUUCAUUGCUGCUUUAAGUUUGGGAAAAUUAAUUCUUGUUCUAACAACCUCUAGUCUUAAAUAUUUUUUCUUAUGGGUUUUUAAAAACCCUUUUAAUUUGCAGGGACUGCAUGUAAGAGUGUUCUUGUGCACGCAAGGGUGUAUGAUGUUCCUUUUUCAAGAAACAUUACUGCGGUCUGGUCAGGUGACUAAAUGGCACUUACUGUAUACAGACCUGCCCGUACACUGGAUCACACAUUUAUAAAUCUCAGUGAUAGAAAGAGUUGUUCGUUGCAGUGGCAGAGAUCCUUUUUGGGCUGAGACGAGUCACCAGACCUGUUUUGACAUCCUUCAAGCCCGACCUGGUCCUAAAGAUGAAUUUCACGCCGUCCCUGUCCACCCUUACCAUCAACCGCAGCCUCUCAGAGUUCUGUGAACCAGAGUCCCAGCACAUCUCUAUCGCUGUGAGCCUCUGCCUGGUCUUCCUGGGCGGGGCCGUGCUCAACAGCUUCAGCCUGUGGGUCUUCUGGUUCCGCAUGAAGCACUGGAGCGCCGGCACCAUCCUGCAGUUCCACCUGGGCCUGAGUGACGCCAUCGUCACCCCUGUCACGCCUCUGAUGGCCACACACUUUGCCAUGGGCAGCUGCUGGCCCUUUGGGCAGUUCCUGUGCCAGCUGAAGAUCGCUCUGCUCGGCGUGCACUUCUACGGCAGCGUCAUGUUCCUCACCCUCAUCAGCAUCCAUCGCUACAUGGCCGUGGUCCGCCACAAAAGCGGCUAUGCCAUGAAACGCACGGCUUUCGUUCACAAGGUGUGCGGAGCCGUCUGGCUCCUCCUGCUGGCGCAGGGGGCGUCCUGCUUCGUCCUUCUGGGCACCAGCCAGGUGGGCAACUGCACCCAGUGCCUCAGCAUUCACCAGGGUGAGUACAUCGAAGCGUACUUUGUCAUCAACUUCAUCCUGCUCUUCCCCGCUUUCCUGGUGCCCUUCUCCAUAGCAGCGGCCUGCUACUGUCGCCUGGCUUGCUCUGUGUCGCGCAUCAAUACCAACUCUGCUAAGGGCCAAGCCAUUAAGGCCAGGUCACUCAAGAUGGUGGCCAUCUGCCUUCUGAUAUUUGGCUUGUGCUUUGCCCCGCUCAAUGCAACCCGGACUAUGGGUGUGGUGAUCAAGAGGUUCUACCCUGAGCAAUGCAGCCUACUGCUGAAGGUAGAGACGUCCUACUACGUUGCCUGGAUCCUGGCCUGCGCCAACUGCUGCUUUGACCCAUUGCUCUACUGCUUCGGAUCUCCGGACUUCAACAGAGCCAUGCGCUGCUCCCUCAAGAGGUUUGGACUUGGAUUUCAAAAGGCCCACCCAAAAAAUGAGGAGGACAGUCAGGACCUCCCCACCAGGCCUGCCCAGACCACCACUUUUCUGGAUAAGGAAACAGCAUCCAACUACAGCAUUUGAAUGCACUCAUUAUGUGGUCAAUGUGGCUACUGGGUCGCUUUGUCUUGUUAAGGCUCUGUUCCUAUGUGUAUGUGCCCCAUGUUCUGCAAUCGAAUCAGGACUCAGACAGUUCCAACUGCCGCUCAACACACAGGAUGGUGCAUAACUGGUCUUGGAGUGGAAGGGUUUCGGUUGGCAGGAUUUUCUGCAUCUUGCUAAGCAUCCUGUCGCUCAUGUGCCUACCGUCAGGUUUUGCCACCCGUGUCUGAAGUGUUCUCCUUCAGCAUAGUGGCUGUGUAGUUAAUAAUAAUAAAACAGAAUGUGAGUCUUUUAUUAACUAAAUCAACAACAUUUUUUGUUUAUUGUUGUUCAUUUCUAUAGUUUUUCAGUCAUCUUCUCCAAGGGGCAAUGUAGAAUGAUUCAAAUAAACUCUGCACAUUCACUGAUAGAGAAGUUAUACUGGUAUCAUAAGCUUACUUAUAGAGUGGAGUAAAGAAACACUGAACACCGAAUAUCUACGUCCUUUAGUGAAUACAGUUAACCAAAUGCACUGCAUUUUACCACUUAUUGUAAGUGUCAAGACUAAAUAUUCAUUCAUACACAGAAGCACAAUUGACUUCAUUUGUGUUUGAAAGAACGUAGUGACAGUCCAAAGGCUUCAGAUUGCUACAUAUGGGUCCUUGUCUUUUGGAUGAUUUGGAGCAUGUUGGUUUGCUUGCUAUUUUUAACAUAGUGCUCAAGUUGAUUCCACAACCGUGUUGUGAGCACUGUUAUAGGGGUUGCUUAGUGAUACAAUUUUUAAGGGAUUCAGUUUGAAACUAGGCUAUUGUAAGUUUGAUUCUCCCAUUGGAAAACAAUGCACUUCCCAUGAAUUGCUUUAUUAAAAAUGUGGCAGAAUA